CGAGGGGCGUCCCGAGCGAGGGCCGCGCCCGCCGGAGACUCUGGUCACCCCGCCGCGGGGCUCCCGGGCCGCGAUGUCGGUGUUGGAGGAGAGCCGGCCGUUCGCGCAGCAGCUGUCCAACGUCUACUUCACCAUCCUCUCCCUCUUCUGCUUCAAGCUCUUCGUGAAGAUCAGCCUCGCCAUCCUCAGCCACUUCUACAUCGUGAAGGGCAACCGCAAGGAGGCGGCCAGGAUAGCAGCUGAGUUUUACGGAGUAACCCAAGGUCAAGGCUCCUGGGCAGAUCGGUCACCACUGCACGAAGCAGCAAGUCAGGGUCGUCUUCUUGCUCUGCGAACACUGCUAUCACAGGGCUAUAACGUAGAUGCAGUCACGAUAGACCACAUCACCCCACUGCACGAAGCCUGCCUCGGAGACCAUGUGGCGUGCGCCAGGACCCUACUGGAGGCUGGAGCUAAUGUGAAUGCAAUCACGAUCGACGGUGUGACUCCAUUAUUCAACGCAUGCUCACAGGGCAGCACCAGCUGUACGGAACUUCUUCUAGAAUAUGGUGCCAAACCCCAGCUGGAGUCAUGUCUUCCUUCUCCCACACAUGAGGCCGCCAGUAAAGGUCAUCACGAAUGCCUAGAAAUACUGAUAUCCUGGGGCGUAGAUGUUGACCAAGACGUUCCUCAUCUGGGAACUCCACUUUAUGUAGCGUGUAUGUCACAGCAAUUCCACUGCAUCCGGAAGCUUCUUUAUGCUGGUGCCGACGUACAGAAAGGCAAGUACUGGGACACCCCCCUGCACGCCGCUGCCCAGCAGUCCAGUGUGGAGACUGUCAGCUUACUGCUAGAAUUUGGAGCAGAUAUCAACGCCAGAAAUACAGAGCUGCUUCGACCUGUAGAUGUAGCGACUUCCAGCAGUUUGGUGGAAAGAUUACUGCUUCAACAUGAAGCCACUCCAAGCAGCCUUUGCCAGCUCUGCCGACUGUGUAUCAGGAACUACAUAGGAAGACCGAGACUGCACCUCAUCCCCCAGCUCCAGCUUCCAACGCUGCUGCACAACUUCUUACAGUACCGAUAAGACAGUGAAGUAACGCUAGAUGCUUGUGAAGUCAGAACAAUUCUAGUUCAUCUGCACCAUGUACAUUUCAUACUAAAAUAUGCUAAACCUAGUGUAUAAGGGAAAUAGGCCCUGGGGAAGAAGUGAAAUCUCAAUUUAAAUUUUAAGUGUACUAGUGAGUUACUACUGUUUUAUGCAUCUUUACCAGUUUGGGGGACUAUAGCAUAUUUAAAAUACCUGUAUAUUAUUAA